GUCCCCCGUCGGGCGAUUCCUGGCGCCACCCCUGUACUUGCACAGACGCUCCGAUUUCGGAAUAACUUCAAUUCUGAUCUCAUUAUUUUGAAUUUUUGCAGCUUCGGCGCUCCAUAAUGAUGUCAUGUGUCAUAUCAAAUUGUUUUUCACCAACUCAGGCCUAGCUAGGCCUAACUAUGGAAAGCAUUUCCGAAUGUCAUUUUUUACAAAUUAUAAGGUGAAAAACAACACUAUAAAAUAAAGAGCAGUGCAGAACUUUACAGUGGUAUUUGGAUAUUUCAUGAUGAGUUUAACAAGUGGAUUAACACGUCCUCGUCGUUUGGUACUAGGUGUUAUUGUUCUUCUGCUUGUUGACAUUAUCUGGGUUUUAUCUGCAGAACUUACAGGAUAUACCUUCAAGGAAUUCAACAAGCCAUUUUUCACAACCUAUGUGAAGACUUCGAUGUUUAUGCUGUACAUGCUAGGGUUUUUGUUUUGGAAACCAUGGCAGAAGCAGUGUAUGGAGUGCAUGCACAAAGCAAACAAGCCUCAUAGUAUAAUUGUUAAUGGAGAGAACUCAUCUACUGAAGAAGAUUCCUCUGAGGAUAAUACAUUGAGUGAACCCUUGUACGUUCCUGUCAAGUUUGAUGAUUCUGACAAGCUUAGUAGUAGAAGCGAUAGUUUUAGCGAAUCUUGUGAUCCAUCAAAACAUGUGCGAUUUAGUAAUAUAAUGGAAGUGCGUCAGUUAUCAGAAAAAGAGGCACAUGAAGCGGCCUUGGCGCGGUUGUCAUACAGUGCUAGUUUGCGUGCACAGCAGGAUCAACAGGCCCAACUUAACAGUAAAUUAAGUGUACCUCAAGUUGCCAAAGUCAGUUUUAUGUUUUGUUUGGUGUGGUUUCUGGGAAAUUUAUCAUACCAAGAGGCCAUCGAUGAUACACAGGUAGCAGUUGUACAGGUGUUUUCAUCAACUUCAGGUUUGUUCACCUUGGUACUUGCUGCCAUUUUUCCAAGUUCUAAUGGUGAUAGAUUCACACUCUCGAAAUUAGUUGCAGUUUUAGUAAGUCUUGGCGGGAUUACAUUAAUAAGCCUUUCAGGUACCAACAGUCAAGAUCACUUUAAAUUGGGUUCACUGUGGGCUUUACUUGGUGCUGUCCUUUAUGCCAUCUACAUGGUCAUGUUGAAGAAAAAAGUUGAUAAUGAAGAUAGGCUUGAUAUCCCAAUGUUUUUUGGAUUUGUUGGUCUUUUUAAUUUUCUGAUAAUCUGGCCGGGAUUUUUUAUUAUGAAUAAUUUCCACCUUGAACUAUUUGAGCUGCCUACAAAAAAGGUUUGGUGCUACAUUGUUGUCAACGGUUUAGUAGGAACAGUUUUAUCAGAAUUUCUUUGGCUGUGGGGCUGUUUUCUGACGUCUUCUCUCAUCGCUACGCUCUCAUUAAGUCUAACAAUCCCGCUAUCAGUUAUCGCUGACAUAUUCCUAAAUAAUGUUAAAUUUACGUGGAUGUUCUUUGCUGGUGCUGGUCCUGUAUUCCUGUCCUUCAUAGCAGUCAGCAUUUUAAAUCAUUACAAUGACUGGGAUCCCAUUCGGGUGGCAGCCUGCAAACUCCUCAACUGUAUCAAAUCGCUAGUCAGUGCAAUAUUCAAAAAACGAUCUCAAACAAGAUUACCUGAAGACCAGGAACAGACAGAAAGUUUAAUAUCCAUGCAUGAUAUUGAGAGUGACAGUGAUUCACUCAAAUGCUGUGGCAAUUGAAUAUCUACGACAUAAAUGAUUUAAAAUACAAGACAGUUUGAAUGUCAAAGUUCAUGAAAAGAACUCCGCAAAGUGAUAGUACUUUAUAUAAGCAUUUUUAUUUCUGAGAUUCCUGAAGCAAAAUUUUAUGUUAAUGUGAAACAUGUACCCUGACAGGAAGCUCGGAAAGUCUUCGAUGGAAUCUAUCAAGCCUCUCAGAUGAGCUCCGGCAAAGGUUCCUGUGACCAACAUGAAAAUAAAAGCAAUCACUUUCAAGAAAAUGUGUCGUUGUGGCCGAGGAACAUUUUGAGAGAGAAGAAUAUGUUGAUAACCAGUGACUUAUAUUUUUAUAUUCCUUCUGUUUUCUACAAGAAAUCUUCAGAUGAGCAUUGUAUAUUAUCUGGCCUUCAUGAUUUUUCAUAUUGGAACAAAAAAAAAAGAUGUUGCAAAUUAAUUUGAAUCUUAAUUACCAUUACGCUAAUUAUGAAAGUGUACAUUAAACGUACUGAUUGUGUGGUCUACUAGUUUUAAAUUUGUUUCAUGUUUGAACCACUUGAAGACAAAUGCUCAUCAAAGGUCAGUAAGUCUACCAAUCAUUUCAUUGAUAGUCUUACAUAGACAUGUAAUGCAGUAUAGUACUUUUGCAAUCUUGAUGAAAAUUAUAUUGUAUUUAUGAUACUUUUGGUUUCAUGGCACUAAAAAAUAUUCUGAUUUCUCUCAUUUCGUGACAGAUUCAAUUUGUUGCAUUAUGUUACCUAUGUUAAUAUGCAAAUUUUAAAUUGCGAAAUAAUGUAUUCUUUUCUACAUGAAAACUAAUGGUUAAUCAUUCUCAUUACAGGCAUAUAAGCUGUUAUAGAUAUGAAUGGUAAAUUUUGAAUUGAUGUACACAUAUUCAUAAUUAAUUUUGCAAGGUUUUCCCUUUUGAAUCAUGGUUAAUUUAAUAGUGGUUGAUGAGUUUAGUAUUAUUGUCUUUCUUGACUGAUUAAUACAGCUUGCAAGUAAAUUAUCAAACAGACUAUGGCUCUGUUAUUUUGAAUAUAAAUUUAUGUUUCAAAGUAUAAAUUUCAAGUGACAAAUCCUAACCACCUAGAUAUAUGUGACUACCCAAUUUAUUGAACUAUUCAAAUUUGAAUAUGAAACAGUUUUAGUAUUUUCUUUAUCUGAAGCCUUGGAUAUCUGAUCUUUCUAUUUUUUAUUUUUUUAUUUAAUAUAUAAAUAUAUGUUUUCAAUCAAAUUAAAGUGGAUGCUUGAUUUUGUAUUAUGCAUUUAAUAAUCAUUUCAAGACCAGGACUAUUUAAAAUAAUGAUGAUUUGACUACCAUAAUUUUUUUAAUGCUGAAAUAUAUACUUUCAAUUUAAACACAGAUUAUUUUAUAUAGGGUUCUACUGUAUUGUUGGAAGUUGAUGUAAUGGAAUGACAUUUGCUAUAUCAUUCCAGUGAGAGUAAAAUUUAGCAAUAAGUAUAGUUAUUUUCCAUACACUUGGAAAACUAAUCCGUGAAAUAUAGAUUAGUGCAAAAGAACAAAUUUUUUGAUUCAAUAUCACUCCCAAAUGUAUCAAAUUUCCGAUUGGCAUAUAGAAAACAACUAUACUAAUUCUUAUUCUGUUGGUAUAUACAAAAUAUAUAGUAUUAUAUAAGAUCUACCAGUAUCCUAAAAGAAACAAAGGAAAACAGCCAAGAGACAAAGAGUAGGCAGUAGAAGAGUCCAUGUCACUGCUCUUUUCUCUUAACCCUUUAAAGGCAAUACAUAAGUUAAUAGUGAGUUUUUGAUUUGUGACGACAUAGAACGGUAGAACAUAAUGACACCAUGUUAAUUUAACUGCGCAUGUCUGAACGUUGUGUGUUAGGUUCUCUCCUAAAAUCUGGGCCGAAUCAACAUUGAGGACUGUACUGUAUUGAAUAUUGGUACAUCAAUCUGUGUUUGUGACAUCUCCAAAAACCCGGCGUAAGACAUCAAAAUUUAUUUAAAGUAGAAGUCAUGAUGAGUUGUACUUUCUCAUUGUACAUUGUCAAUUGAGAGCUCCCUAAUAUGAUAAAAGCAUAUUUUUUGCUGUUUGUGGGAUAUCCAUGGCCAGCUGAAUUCAAGGAGAAAAUUAAUACAGUAGUAAAAACAUGCAAUGUAUUUGUGGACGAUUGAUUAGUUUUUCAAGAGAUUUUUGCUUCUUCACAGGAGGGCGGAGAAUCGUGCCUGGUUCCAGAAGACUCCUGCUACUCACAGGAAACUUGGGAACCCAGGUGUCACCCGCUAACACUGUAUCCAGUUUAUUUCUUUGAGAAUCUAAUAUACUAAGUUGCUACCAUUCCAAAUUUAUCAGCAUUAUAAUUGUGAUGUUCGCAGGGACGGUAGACAAAUUGAGGAGUCAAGUGAUGCGAAGAUAGAUUUACAAAGUAUAUUAAAUUAUAGUGUAAUAUAAAAUGUUUUUAUCUAAAAUAUAUUUCCCUUUUACUGUAUAUUAAAGCCUACAUUAUAUCCAACCACAUAAAAAUCAUCCUUCUGAGUUCCAAAUAAAUGGAAUGCUAUUUCCAUUCUCUCAAUUUUCUGUUUUGUAGUGAUUUCUGUUAGAACCAAAAAGAAAGAAAUGUAUAACCUAACAGACCUUUGCUUAGUCCUUGAAGAAGGGAGACUUCACAUCAUCACUGUUAAUAUUGAGUUAAGAUGUUAGGAAAAUAUUUCUACCUCAGUUUUUGUUUUUUAUGAAACUACUAUACAUGUGAGAGGGUUUACAGUGGGAGAAUAUUUCUGUAUGUGGAAUUCAUUACGAGUGUGAGUGCAUAUACUUUUCAAAUAUUAUGAAAUUGAAGGUGAUUAUAUAUAUAUAUAUAGAUAUAUAUACACAUAUAUAUAUAUACACACAUAUAUAUAUAUAUACACAUAUACUUGUAGCAGACGUAUCUCGCUCAGUAGGUGUUUUCUCUAUUAAGUAAUUAUCAAUACCUUCAAAAGUUUAUAAAGAUAUUCCUUUUAACUCUACCUCUUUAUGUUUUAACAUGUAAUCAAGAAAACAAUAGCAAUUUUUUGAGUCUCAGUUUUUGAAAGUGUACAUCAGAUUCCAUCUGUUUGUUUAUUCAGUUUAUUUGAAAUAUACAGUAAACUACUGAAUUACAAAAAUGACUACAAUUUUACAUUUUAAGUCUGUGUAAGAUAAUGUUAACAUUUUUAUAGUACUUGAUUUAGGAUUAUUUUGGUUGAAAUAACACAUAUUUAUAUUUUUUGGAAAUUGUAAUUUUAAUAUUAGCAUUGGUAUUUGGUCUCUUAUAUUCACUUUGUGAUAAUUUUCCAAUGUAAUUUUGAUACACAUACACAAGUACAUGCAUUCCAUUUUCCACUGCACACCCCCACACUAUUCUAUUUUAGUAUACAACCAAAAAUAUGGUAAUCAAUAGGAAUGUUAGGGGAAGAGGAGCCAUGCGUGAAUACUAUUUACAACUGAAAUCAAGGUGUAGUCCUCUCUCUGUAUAUUCUGUUCAUCCAAACCAUGUCACCUUUGUGUUGUAGAUUAAAUACACAAAGUAUUAUUGUAUUUUAUAGUAUGUCCAGUGGUUUGGCUGUAACUUGGUGGAGGUGCUUGUCUUACAGUCCCAGAGUAAUGGGUUCAAAUUCUGUCCACUAGUAAAUUUUCUGACGAUUAGAAAAUCUCCAUAUUUAAUGUAACUGACACCCUUAUCCUCUUUCUCUCAGUGUCUUUGACAUAGGAUUUCCUCUCCCACUUUGUCUUGAACCAAGUGUGCCAGAUCAAAAUUUUAUAUAUUUUGUUGCUCAUUGAGUGUCUUUUUAGAUUACAUAAAUUUGUUCAGCCAGCAUAAAUAUGUAUACUGUAAAUAAUAUUCUUAUUUAUUUUUUACUUUGUAUACAUGUAGUAUUGAUAAUUGUCUUACCUAUCUGUUUCGCGUCAUUUGGCGCAUAAUGCCCAAUUAGUAAUUGCAGAUAAACAAUAUAACAAUUGCCUUUAUUUUGUACAGUAUAAUAUAAUUAUUCAAGCAUAUAUCUGUUUGUACAAUAAUUAUGUAAUGUUCCUAAUUGGAAGAAAUAAAGUCAUAAUAAAUUAG